AUGGCAGAAUUAUUUAUGGAAUGUGAAGAAGAGGAACUAGAACCAUGGCAAAAGAGAGUGAAAGAAGUGGAGGAGGAUGAUGACGACGAUGAGCCAAUCUUUGUUGGGGAAAUCUCAAGCUCGAAGCCGGCUAGUACAUAUAUAUUGAACAGAGUCAACCUCAGCUCAUCACGAAGGGGGAUACAGAAUGGUGCACCCAGUAGAGGUACAGUUACUACAUUCGAGCCUGACAGUCACCACCAUUAUGCGACACCUGCCUCCAGCCCCAGUGCCAUGCCUGUUUCAUCAGUCUUUCAGUCUGUAUCCAGACCUACAACUAGCUCUGUAGCAGUUCAGCUAUUGUCUACACCAGUGAAUGUUUCAGAAACUUCACAAAUGCUGCAGAGACCAGUUGCUGGAUGUUUAUCAACACAGCAGAUGCCUGGGUCAAGUUCUGGAAUACCACAGCCUGUUACCAGACCUGUAACCCUUCCAGUGACGACACAGCCAGUAUCAAGAGCUAUCACGGUUCCUGUAGUGGAUCAACCUGUAUCCAGGGCAGUGACUAUUGUAACUGCACAGCCUGUGUUACUCAAUCAGGAUUAUAUUAUGGAUUCUCCACCAGCUGCACCAGAUAAUACAUCUGGUAUACUGUUUGGUGUGAGACAGAACUCGGGAGUUCCACAGUACCAGACUGGGCCAGCAGUGAAUGUAACAGGUCUGGAUGAGUGUAGUUUUGUAUCUAAGCACCCUGCUACUUCUGAAGGCAAAAGUGUAACCUCAAAGACCAAGACUAAUGAGGUUGGUGCUGGAAGCAAUUCAGCUGUUUCACCUACAGUUAACUCUCCAACACUAACACCAUCACAAAAUGUAUCUUCAAAAGAUACAAAUGUUGCAUCAAACACCAUUAAAAAUGGAGGACCUUAUCCACGAGCUUGUCCAAAGUGCAAUAUUCAUUUCAAUCUGAUGGAUCCUCUAAAAAAUCAUAUGAAGUAUUGUUGUCCAGAUAUGGUGAAUAAUCUUUUCCCAGCUGUGGCCAAAACAGAAUGUUCAAGUACAAGCAAGAUUGCUGAAUCUGAGAAAGGAAAAUUGAUUAUGUUAGUUAACGACUUUUAUUAUGGGAAGCAUGAAGGUGACACCCAGCAGGUACAACAGGAGCAGAAGACUCAUACAACAUUUAAGUGCUUCAGUUGUCUGAAAGUUCUUAAAAAUAAUAUAAGGUUUAUGAACCACAUGAAACAUCACUUGGAGCUUGAGAAGCAGAGCAGUGAAAGUUGGGAAAGCCACACAACCUGCCAGCACUGUUACCGCCAGUUUCCCACCCCAUUCCAGCUGCAGUGCCACAUUGAAAGCACACACACGCCUUACGAGUCAUCUACAAUUUGUAAAAUAUGUGAAUUAUCCUUUGAAACUGAGCAAGUUCUUUUGCAACAUAUGAAGGACAAUCAUAAGCCAGGUGAAAUGCCGUAUGUUUGCCAGGUGUGCAACUACAGGUCCUCAGCUUUUUCUGAUGUAGAAACACAUUUUAGAACAGUUCAUGAAAACACAAAGCAUUUGCUAUGCCCAUUUUGCCUCAAAGUAAUUAAAAUCGGAGCACCAUAUAUGCAUCAUUACAUGAGGCAUCAGAAAAAAGGCAUAUACCGUUGCACUAAGUGCAGACUGCAAUUUUUGACAUGCAAAGAAAAAAUGGAUCACAAGACUCAGCAUCACCGAACAUUUAGGAAACCCAAGCAGUUAGAAGGAUUGCCUCCUGGAACAAAGGUGACUAUUCGAGCAUCUAUUGGAUCUCUUCAUUCAGGAUCAUCAGCAACAUCUUCUGUUAGUACAAGCACUUCCACGUUUCAGUUAUCACCUAAAGCUAGAAAUACAGCCACUAAAAAUCAUAACAGAUCUAAUACAAGUAGAUCAAAAGCAAAAUCAAAAUCAACUGCAUCGAAGAAGCAAAAUGUGUGCACCAACAGCAAAAAAAAAAAAGAAAUUGCAAAUACAGCAUUGCAUAAUCUAAGGUGUCGUUUGGGAGCUCACAAAUGCAUUGAGUGUUACUCACAAAUAAAAGAUUUUGCAAGCCAUUUUCCUGCUUAUGUCCACUGUAGCUUAUGCAGAUACAAUACUAGCUGUAGCAAAGCCUAUGUGAAUCACAUGAUGAGUUUUCACAGUGCUCGUCCAAGUAAAAGAUUUUGGAUCUAUAAGAAGCAUUCAGAAGAGCUACGAGGUGUGACUGUAGUAUGUCUUAACUGUGAUUUCUUGACGGAUGUUUCUGGCUUGGAUAGCAUGGCCACACAUCUGAGUGAAAGCCACACUCAUACUUGUCAAGUUAUUAUAGAGAAAGUUUCUGUAGAUAUCCCAGCUGCUGAACAAGUAUCUGAGUUAAAGAAUGAAAUCGCCAUUACAGAGAGAGAAGCCAAGUUGGAGAAAAUUUCAAGACCUAGUUUAUCUGAAGGAAAAAUAGAAACACCACCUUUUGAAAGCAAACAAGAACAUGACUCUUCAGAUGAAACAAAAGAACGCAACAGAAACCAAACUAAAAAAAUUGUAUCAGCUGAAAAGAAAGAAGAAAACUCAUCGCUGUCAAAUAUAGGAAUUUUUCCUAGUUCAGAACUCCCUGACAACAGCUCAAAGAAUUUAUUGCAUGAAAAAGGAGCAUGUUGUGAUUCAGAUAAUAACAAACAAUUAGUAGAUGAGAAACAGAAAUGUAUUAAUGAUGAAAGUGAGUUGAAAACUUGCCAGAGCUCAGAUAAUGUUGUCUUGAAUGAGCAGACUAAAAUACGUAACUUGGAUGAAACUACACUUUCAGCAAUGAACGCAAGGGAUUUAAAACUAACAUUGGGUGAAGAUGUUAGUUUUGAGCAGUUCUUGAGGAAAAGAGAUGACCCUGAAUCCGUUAGUUCAGACAUCAGUGAACAAGGCAGUAUUCAUUUGGAGCCUUUGACUCCAUCCGAAGUACUAGAGCAUGAAGCUACUGAAAUCCUUCAAAAAGGUAAUGUUGCACCUUCAUCAAAGAAAGCUGGACAGCUCUCUGAGCAAACAGAUGAGACUUCUAAAGAAAGCAGUCCCAACAGAAUGGAAACAACUGUAAACAAGACAGAUGAAAAUGAAGAAAGCUGA